GACUCGCGCGCUCCGGGAGCGGCUAGAAACCCGCCGGGCGCGCAUUUUUUCAGUGAAGUCGGUUUUCCCACCUGGGGACGUUCUGGUAGAGCGGAGCCUUGCAAAUGGGCGCUUGAAGAAAGAAGACAGCAGAGAAAUGGACUGCUAUUUGCGUCGCCUCAAACAGGAGCUGAUGUCCAUGAAGGAGGUGGGUGAUGGCUUGCAGGACCAGAUGAACUGCAUGAUGGGUGCACUUCAAGAACUGAAGCUCCUGCAGGUGCAGACGGCAUUGGAACAGCUGGAGAUCUCUGGAGGGAGUCCUGCCCCCAGCUGCCCUGAAAGUCCACAGAUACAGCCUGGGCACCCUUGCUGGGAGGGUGGCAGCCACCCUGCCAGGCCUACAGCCUGUUCCUCCUCCAGCAAUCCUUCUUUUGGCAGCAGCACCAAGUUUCCAUGCCAUAGCAGUGACUGUGCCAAUGAUCAUGGCCCCCUGCCCAGGACACAGCUGCCUGAGCACCAAAGCUGUGCCCAGCAGGGGUCAGAGAAAGUAGAACCUGAUGACUGGACCUCCACAUUGAUGUCUCGGGGCAGGAAUCGGCAGCCUCUGGUAUUAGGGGACAAUGUCUUUGCAGACCUGGUGGGCAACUGGCUAGACUUGCCAGAAGUGGAGAAAAGUGGGGAGAAGGGUGAGACUGGGGGGGCAGGUGAGGCCAAAGCAGCGAGAGGCCAGUCCCGGGAGCUGGGCCGCAAGUUUGCCCUAACAGCCAACAUCUUUAGGAAGUUCUUACGUAGUGUGAGGCCUGAUCGUGACCGCCUGCUCAAGGAGAAGCCAGGUUGGGUGACACCCAUGGUCUCCGAGCCCCGAGCUGGACGCUCCCAGAAAGUCAAGAAGCGGAACCAUUCCAAGGGUUCCGGACGGUUCCCCUUCCCAAGCACCGGGGAGCCCAGACGAGGGGACACCCCUUCAAGUAGCUCCAAGGCCAUGGAACCCUCACCAGCAGGCUUUGACAUUAACACAGCUGUUUGGGUCUAAAUCCUGAUGUUGGCUGUAGCCAAAAGGCCAGUCCCCAAACUGGGCCCCUGGGGAGGCGGGAGGGUAGGUGGUGUAGCCUUCAGAGCCCAAAUCCAUGUUCCUUUCUCCCAGAAAGGAGAGAGAAGCCAGAGUUCAGACAGGGCUGACCAAAAUAUACAAGACUGGUGAGGGGAGGAGGUAAGAGCUCCUGGAGAAAGGUUGUGCGUGGACAAGGUGCACGUGUGUGUGUGUGUGUGUGUGUGUGUGUGUGUGUGUGCCAGCAAAUGCCUCUGACAUUCCUCUGCUGCCCUCAAAGACCUCAGUGAACACAGAAUAUGAACAAGGGCACUAGGAUCUCAGAGAGCCUCUCUCCUGCCACCCCCCCCCAACUUCAAUGGCCAGUCUCUAGUGCCCCAAUCUUAUUCCUGGCAAGAUCAAGACUGCAGGUCCCCAGUACUGAAGCCGCGCCCUCUUGGGUGGGUGGAGCAAUAGGAGGAAAUCCCUUCCAUAGUCCUUCCUGUGGUCAUGAAGAUUCCAGACCUUUCCUGGAUCCUGGAAAAUCGGCUAAUCCAGGAGGACAGUGAAGGAAGCCCGGAUGCUUCUGGGUUUUCCUGAAGGUAUAGGUGAUGAGCAGUAUUGUGCAUGUCUAAAGGCCUCUUCACAGUCACUUGGUCUUGUAAAGGGGCACAGUGGGCACGAUCUAGUCCCCAGCCCGGACUUGCUGACUGUCCAAGAACAGACUUUGGUAGGAAGGGGACAGGCCUGACCAACUGCUGGCUAGUCAGCAUUACACCUCACCCCCCAGCAGCUCUGAGGGCCCCGUAUCCAAACACACCCUGUCUCCAGCACUUAACUCUCCAAGGGCAUUAGAUCUAAACUUCGCAGGGAGGCAAGGGCUAGUGCAGAAGAAAUACUCCUUCAUUAAAAAGAAAGAAAGAAAGAAAAACAAUCCUGA